AUGUCGCGAUAUUCGGGGCAACCCCUCGCCAACCCCCAGCUGCCCUCCUACAAGCCCGACCUAACCGGCACCGCGCGCGUCGGACCGAAGUACAAGAUGUACAUCCUCGGCGACGCGAGCGCGAAGGUCGACUGGUCGAGCCUCGACGACGUCAGGAAUUUCGCGUUGGCGACCCUCGCGAGGAUCGCGCAGAUGCUGGAGGAGCGGUAA